UAGCAAUCACUUCAAAUUCAUCAACUUUGCCGUCAUAUUCUUUUUAGGAAUAAACUCAAGCCAAAGAGUCGUGGAUGAAAAUGCUUUCGAGAAGCCUUGCGAUGUAUGCUACAGACUCAAGGAAUUUAUUCGGCAUUAAACCUGUGUUUAAAAUUAGAUCUAUAUGUUUAUAAACAGAAAUGUUUUUUUUUUCAUUAUGAGGUAACACGGUUUGACCAGUUAACCUUUAGUUAAUGGGAUGGUUGCGUUGCCAUUGGAUAACAAAAGAAUGAGAAGCGUUAGGAAAUAUGAUAGAUACAAAUGUUCAAAGGUUUUACAAAAUCUCAGUUGAGGCCAAUACUUUUCGCAAUCAGAAUAUCAACGAUUUACCUAACGAACUCCUUGCUCGAAUUUUUGGGUAUCUUGAUCCAAUUAAAGAUACACUUCCGGUUCUUGCACUAGUCUGCAGAAAAUGGCGGGAAAUUCUCCUGAGUAACGGUUCGUUAUGGCGUGUGGUUCACAUUGAUCCGCGACGGUAUGUCUAUUGGCAUUUCAGCAUGAUGUGUUGUAUUUUUCGGCUCUAUGGACAACACAUACAAAAGCUGACCUGGACCGACCAUUCUCCGGUUUACGAAAGUGUCUUCUCUUUAAUUCCACGUUUACGAAAUCUGAAAUACCUCAGAUUGCCAAUACUGUGGACAAAAGCAGUGGUAGAAACUCUGUCUUCUCUUUCGCAACUAGAAAACAUACAGAUCAAUGGGGGAUUCGCCUUAACAGAUGAUGAACUAGACAUGAUAGGAAAAUGUUUUCCAAAUCUGUUAGAGAUUUCUUUAAAUGCUUGUUGGCGACUAACUGCCAACGGUAUUGUAAACCUGAUGGACAGUUUGACUUGUCUUCAGACACUGAAGUUGAAGAUAAAUUCCGGUCUGUGUGUGAGUGAUCCGAGGAGUGGGCAGGCCAUUCAGAGGGGUUAUAACAUCACCAAAUGUGUUAUAGACAACCACCGGUUCACACUGGUGCAUGUUUUGUGUUUGCACUUUGUACCAAUUGAGAUGGAAGAACUUUGGGAUUUGGUCAAGAAGCUGGAACGCCUCACGAAACUCAGCAUCAGCAACUGUGAGCAUCUUCACGGUGUUCGACUGAUUUCCGAUUCUCUGCAGAAGUGCUACCUGUUCAAUAUCUGGAAUGCUAUGUUUGUAUGCAUACGGUCUUCAACUCUUAAGCUCCUAACAAUAGACCACGGUAUGGAGGCCAUGGAGCAUGUCGAGGUGGAAUCAGCCUCGUUGCGACGUGUUACCAUCGACGGUUGUAACGUCAUGCGCACCCUCCGUGUGUCAAGCAAGCGGCUGACGUUCAUGGAAUUGUCCAAGUGUGAGAAUAUCGACAUGAGGUCAUUUCAUGAAACCCUCAGGACUAAUGCAUCACUUCUGUCUCUCCGACUAGGUUGUAUAUCACAAGACAGUCUAACAUUCGAUGAGACGAUGAUUCCCAGUUUACAAGAAUUGUGUCUCCUUGGGGACUUUUCCUGCGAGACGUUGCACAUCAGAAGUCCUACGCUUAGAUUAUUGCACACGGAAUCUGAUAACGAUAUAGUCACACUGAAUCACAUGUAUAUCACCGCUAAUCAUUUGUGUAAGAUCGCCCUAACGGGGAUACCUGCUCUCAAGACCCUUACAAUCCAAUGCGUUAGUGUUGACUGUAUAGAGAUGAACCUUUGCAGCGAUGAUCGUCUCAACCUUGAGUCUUGUGUUAUUCACGCUUUGAACGCAAUCGGCUUCCUUCGGUUGUUUGAUUGCAAAGUGAAUCUUCUUUCUGUAUGUACUCCUUUAGCGAGGACAAUAGUUCUUUACAGAUGUCAAAUGACAGAUUAUGUACUUCAGAUGGCGCUUAAUGGAUGUCUUAAUAUAGCAUAUCUCAAUCUCGAGAAGUGUCGCGAGAUCAGCAGGGUUUCCGUUCACUCUCCUUUGAUGAAAUUUUUGAAUCUGUUUGGAUGUGUAGACGUAAACAAGCUUGAUUUGGAAUACUGCCCACAACUACUGGCCUUAAACGUAGGGCAAUGUACAAAUGUCCGACUUUUCAUUCGCGGAAUAGAGCAAAAACUUGAUUCAUUGUGUCGCACGUACGACAUAGUUCACCCCCAGGAGAUGGUUCGAUGGAGCCAUGACUUUCCUCCAAAACCUUAUGUCUGAGAUACACCAGAGAGCCGUGAAAAUAACGAUGAAAGCUAUGACAGGAUGAUGUAAACUUUAGUGAUAAUCUGCCACAACGCACAAAACGUAGAUUUCUUGCAGUGUAUAUUGUUCAUGUCGGUUGUACAAUCUAUACCGGUGCCGUUUUCUACAUUCAUAUGUUACACAAUACAUUACUUUAUAGCUUAGAACUGAUCGGUGUAUAAAUGAAAUAUUUAAGAAGUGGUAUUUGUAUUUUAUAGUUCCGUUAAAUUUACAAGACAUGCAUGUAUAUAGGUUGAUAGGCUAUUCUUUUAUUGUUAGCCUUUCUCUUAAUACUAUUGGUGUAUAUUUAUAACUUAUAUCACAAUGUUACAUUUUGGUGUGUUUUUGUACUCUAGUAUAUCAUAAUGUUACAUUUUGGUGUGUUUUUGUACUCUAGUAUAUCAUAAUGUUACAUUUUGGUGUAUGUUUGUACUCUAGUAUAUCACAAGGUUACAUUUUGGUGUCUUUUUGUACUCUAGUAUAUCAUAAUGUUACAUUUUGGUGUGUAUUUAUAUUCUAUAUCAUACUGUUCCAUUUUGGUGUAUAUUUA